UCUAUUAUAUGAUAAUGACUGUUUUUUGCGUAUGACUCCACCCAUGAGUAUGAUGCAUAUGUGUAAAAAAUGUAAAUGUAAAUGUAAAAUUGUGCACAGUAUUUACAGCUCUUACACACCAUACAAAUAUGUUCCAAGGCUCUGUAAAUAAAACAAUUGGAAGACGAAAUAUGUAAGGUCACAAUUAUGAGGCCCCUAGUUUUCUGGGCCCUGAGCCCCAGGCCCGAAGGCCUGUCCCUUAAUACGGGCCUGACCUCACCUCCCCGAGACGAGCAUCCCCCUGAACAGUUUCCAAAUGUUGGCUAGCAUGCUACAAUACACUAAUUAAGUAACUAGCAUGUAUUUGUAUACAUCCCAUUUGAAUAUUAACAAUCAAUUUAUUUACUGUGGUUCAGCUUUGGUUGUUGUUACAGUGUAUGUAUUUCACUAGCCAAUUUAAACCAUCUUACCUAAAUUAAUUCCACCCCCUACUCUGAGUAAUUUACACAUACACAAAAACACAUUUAAUUUAUGUUUGAGGUCAAAUUGAGCUUAAAUUAACUAAAAACCACAAAUAAGAAUUUGCUUACCAAGACACUAGACUAGUCGUAGUGGGUCCCUCGCGUCACGAUUCAGUGUAAAAGCUUUGAAGCUUCUUCAUGAGAAAUAUGUUUUAUUUAUUUAUUUAUUUAUUUGUUUGUUUGUUUGUUUGUUUUAACGGUAUUCUUUAAUUUUUAAUACAAGGAGUCCGCCAUUCCAGAAUUCCAGAAUUCGGUUUUAAAAAAAAAAUAUGACCGUAAACUGAUUAUUUAAUUAAUUUGAAUUUAAUUGGACGAUUGGUUGAGUGCUGCAUCCUGAUUGGCGCUGCUGAGCGGCUGACAGGUUAGCUGUCUGCCUAGUCUCGCUCGCUGACCGUUACCCGCCCGCACAAUGGAGUCUCCGGCUGAGAAGCACGCAGUUGUUACGCAAGAGCGGGAAAACAAGACUGAGGACAAGCAAGUGAUAAAGAAGAAAAAAGGUGCUUUGAGAGUGUUCUUCAUCCAGCUGUCGCACUUUGGUCCUCUGAAAUUUGUGGAGAGUGUGCUGCGUAAUCUGUCGUGGCUGGUGGGUCUCUCAUGUCCGGUGGAGGAUCUGGGCACAGCCGAAGCCCACACGCCAGCCCUCAUUCGGCACUGUCGCACCGGGAAGAAGCGGCUGCACAGAGUCACGCGUGUGCUGCUUUCCUACAUCCCCUACCGGCUACAGAGUACGCUCGGCUACCCUGUCCCCAGCAGCAUCGGCAAGACUGCUGUCUCGGAAGAAGUGCGCUGCUCCCCCACCAAGCCCUCUGGGAAGGGUAACAAGCGUAAACAGGAAGAUGUGGAUGAGGAGGAGCACCAGUCCUGGGUAGAGGCCCUGAACCAGGAGUUGGGGGAUGAGGACAGCGAAGGGGAUCCCACUUACGCGCCGAGUAGCAACGGUGAGAGUGACAGCGAGGAGAACAGGACUCGCAAUGACACGGAGAGUGACAUAGAGGAGGUGGCAGAAGAGGGCAAAGCCAUUAUCAAAGAGUUGGACGCAGCUAAGAAGGUGUCCACUGAGGGUGGUUCUGCUGGGAUACAGAACAGAGAGCACUCAAAGCAGCAAUCGUGAUCAGGCGCAGCAAAUUACAUUUCUAUAGCUCUCCUUUUAUUUAAGUACGUUGUCAUGAGAAAUUACAGACUAAAAUCCCAGACUGGCACUUUUAUUUUGAAUGUUAGAUGUGGGAAUAGUGUGUUUUUAUAUAAUGCUGAAAAAGAGGGCCCUUCAGCCCUCCAUGGGGAUGUAACUGGCCUACUUUUAUUGGUUCUGACAACAUUCCAAAAGCACCCCCCCAACUUAAAUUUAAUUGUUUCUUCUCCCCAGAUUAUAGAUGUGCCUGACUGACUCCAUGUCCCCAGUUCUGUUGCAUCCUUUCUGUUGUGCCUUGAAUUUUGAUGAAGUUUUC